AUGAAUUUUAUUAGAAAUGGUCUAAAUAAUGAAAGAGCACAUGUUGCUGUAGAUACUAUUAUUAAACAUUCACCACCAGCAUAUACUGCCGAUACAUUUAUGCAAGUUAUACAUAAAAAUUCUAUAGAUGAAUAUGAUAAUUUUAAUCAAACGAAUUUAUUGAAUAAAUUAGAAAAUCAUAAACUUCCAGAAAUGAGAAGAAUCGCUGCAUUGUUAUAUAAAAAGAAUAAGAAAUAUAAAGAAGCUAUCAACUUAUCCAAAAAGAAAAACAAUAUAAAGAUGCUAUCGAAAUUGCAAGAGUUUCAAAAAAUAAUGUAUAUAUUGAAGACUUAA